AUGGAUCAACAGCGAUUCCUCCAGCAAUUGCAGAUUAUCCUGGAUCCCUCCCAGGGAAACCUUAAGGAGGCCACCGGAGUCUUGCAAAAGGAGUUCUACAACAAGCCCGAGUCCCUUGUCUUCCUUAUCCAGAUCUGCACUAGUCAUGAUGACCAGAAUCUGCGCCAGCUCUCUUCCGUAGAGUCCCGUUCACUCGUUUCCAAGCACUGGCUGAAGGUCCCCGCGGUCCAGAAACCCCAGAUUCGUGAACAGUUGCUUCGCUCUACCAUGGGCGAGAGUUCAUCUCUCGUCCAGCACUCCAUCGCUCAGAUCAUCUCCGCUAUUGCGAAGAUCGAUUUGAACGACGGCGAGUGGGCUGACCUGCCCAACCUGCUCCUGCAGGCUGGUAACAAUGGCAACGCUGCUGAGCGCGCUGUGGCUAUUUACAUUCUCUUCACCAUCUUGGAUACUCUCGGUGAAGGCUUCGAGGAGAAGUUCCAGGACCUCUUCAACCUCUUCAACAAGACCAUCCGCGACCCCGAAAGCGCCGAAGUUCGGAUCAACACUCUCAUGUCUUUGAGCAAGCUUGCUAUGCAUCUGGACUCGGAGGAGGAUGAGGCUCCCGUCAAGGCUUUCCAAGAGUUGGUCCCUGCCAUGGUCGCUAUUCUCAAGGACUCCAUUGAGAAGCAAGAGGAGGAUCACAUCAUGCAGUCUUUCGAAGUCUUCCAGAAUCUGCUUGGUUGUGACCCUGCUUUGCUGACCGUCCACCUCAAGGACCUGGUCAUCUUGAUGAACCAGAUCGCUGCCAACACUAAGGUUGACGAGGAUGUCCGCACCCAGGCCAUCAGCUUCCUGAUGCAGACCAUCCAGUACCGCAAGCUCAAGGUUCAGGGUAUGCGUAUUGGCGAGGAGCUCACCCGUACUGCUCUCCAAAUUGUUACCGAGCUUGGCGAUGCCUCUCCUGGUGAUGAUGAUAUCACCCCUGCCCGUUCUGCUCUCGGCCUACUUGACAUGCUCUCCCAGAGCCUGCCUCCUAGCCAGGUCGUUGUCCCCUUGCUCAACGCGCUGGGUCAGUACUUCAACAGCCCCGAUCCUGAUUACCGCCGCGCUGGUAUCAUGGCCCUCGGCAUGUGUGUUGAGGGUGCCCCCGACUUCAUCAGCACCCAGAUGAAGGAGAUCUUCCCUAUGGUCCUCCAGCUCCUUGCUGAUCAGGACCCUAAGGUGCGCCAGGCUUCAUUACACACUGUCGCUCGUCUUGCAGAGGAUCUUGUUGAAGACCUCAGUUCCGAGCACGCUCGCCUCAUGCCGUUGCUCUUCCAGAACUUGGCCAGCGCCAUGCAAGAGUACAAAGGCGAGGAGGAAGGCCCUACACUCGAUAUUAUCAAGGCCGGUAUCAGUGCUAUUGAUGCUGUUGUUGAUGGUCUGGACGAGAAGGAUGUUUCUCCUUACCAGGCCGAGCUUGUCCCUAUCCUGCACAAUCUCUUCAAGCACCCCGAUUUCAAGAUCAAGGCGCUUGCUGCCGGUGCUCUUGGCUCCCUCGCCUCCUCUGCCGGUGACUCCUUCCUCUCAUUCUUUGACGAGUCGAUGCAUCUCCUCCAGGAGUUUGCUGCUGUCAAGGACAGUGAGGAUGAACUCGAUCUCCGUGCCAGUGUCACUGACUCCAUGGGUGAGAUGGCCGCCGCCGCUGGUCCUGAACGCUACCAGCCGUACGUUGAGCCCCUCAUGCGUGCCACUGAGGAAGCCUUGCAUCUCGGUCACUCCCGUCUCAAGGAGAGUACAUACAUCUUCUGGGGUGCCAUGGCCAAGGUCUACGGCGAGCACUUCGCCCCCUUCCUUGACGGUGUCGUGAAGGGUCUGUACGAUUGCAUCGAGCAGGACGAGAGCGACCUUGAUGUUGAUCUCGGCAGUGCUGCCAAGGACCUUGUUGGACAGGAGGUUACCUUCAAUGGCCGCAAGGUCAAGGUCGCAAGUGCUGACGAUGAGGAUGAUGGUGAUAUCGAGGAUAUUGAUCUCGAAGACGAGGACGAGUGGGAUGACAUUACCGCCACCACACCUCUUUCCCUCGAGAAGGAGAUUGCUGUUGAGGUCAUCGGUGACCUCGUCACCCACACCCGCAGCGCCUUCCUGCCUUACUUUGAGAAGACCAUUGAGCAUGUGAUGCCCUUGUGUGAGCACCCUUACGAGGGUGUUCGCAAGAGCACCAUCAGCACUCUGCAUCGCUCAUACGCUAUGCUCUUUGCUAUCGCCGAAGAGAAUGGCCAGAUGCCCAAGUGGCAGCCUGGUCUCCCCCUUCAGGUUCAGCCUGCCAAGGAGGUCCAGAAGUUCGGUGAGAUUCUCAUGACAGCCACUGUCAAGAUGUGGACCGAAGAAGAUGACCGCUCACUUUGA